GGCUUUGGUCGCAUCUCCAAAACUGUCACUUAAACUGGUUGUCUAAGCAGGAAACGGGGAGGCUGCGGUCUCGGACGUGCUGAGUGCCACCGGCUCGCUGAGUGCCACCUUCGAGGCCGUGAAGGAGUCGCUCGGUGCCUCCCGGGCCCGGACGGGAUGCAUAAAAUCAGGGUCUCCUCUUGCGAAUGGUGACCGAGCCACUCUCCCACUGGAAACUACCACCUCGGCAGCUGGUUUUGAUGCCGGGUUUGUGUUUUGCUGGCCAUGAGUGGGAAUGAGGACGACUGGCUGGCUCUCAAGCCCCGGGAACCGUCCCCGGCUCAGUGCUGCGGCAGCGGCUGCAAGCCCUGCAUCUACGAUGUGUAUGAGAAAGAGCUUGCACAAUGGGAACGGGCCAAAGCAAAGCAGGACAAAAGCCUCCUGACGGAAAAGAAGGGACAGAGCAAUAAUUCAGAACUAAAUCCAGAUACAUUUACUGCAUUCAGUGUAAGCUCAGUGGAGCAGCUAACAGAGGACACCUACCAGUACAAAUUUGAAUUACCGGGAAAUAGCAGUCUACGAUUGAGUUUAGGACAACACAUCGUGUUAAGAGGAGUGGUGAAUGGUUUGGAAGUCCAGAGAGCCUAUACUCCAAUUAGCCCAGGGAAUGCAGAAGGUUACUUUGAAGUUUUAAUAAAAUGCUAUGAAGCUGGGCUAAUGUCGCAAUACAUAAAAACCUGGAAAAAAGGAGACGUGGUCUUUUGGCGUGGGCCGUUUGGAGGGUUCCCAUAUCGACCUAAUAAGUAUGGAGAGCUGCUCAUGCUGGCUGCUGGUACCGGCCUCGCACCAAUGCUUCCCAUCCUCCAGUCCAUAACGGAAAAUGAAGAGGAUGAAACCUUUGUAACUCUUGUUGGUUGCUUCCGUUCAUUUGGAAACAUUUACUUGAAACCUCUUCUCCAAGAUCUGACUCGAUACUGGAACAUCAGAAUGUUUUACAUCCUAAGCCAGGAAAGUUCACUGGAAAAACUUCCUUGGAGCUAUCAGGAAAACACGUACAUUGGUCGUCUAAAUGAAGACUUGAUGAAGACAAUAAUAAAUUCCUGUCGAAGAAAGCCAUUUGUAUUACUGUGUGGCUCCUCUGCAUUCAAUGAAGAUAUGAGUAGAUAUUUGAAAGCGGCAGGACUGGAAGAAAAUUCCUGUUUUGUCUUUUAGCAGGAUAUUUCUCACGCAAUAUUAGGCCGAGCCUUGGAUAUCCUUGUUUCCCUGCAGACACUGUUUCAAAUCAACCAUCUCCAUAGCUGGAGUUUCUUAGGCCUUUGGAUCAAAUAUUUGUCUCUGGUAUCAUUCCCACUCUUGUGAGCGUGUUAAAGAGCAGAUGACGUUCCAGAUUGGCUGCUACAAUCACCCGUGCCUCAGGGAACAGCUUGGUAAUUUUAAUGAAAGUCUUCACUUGCAAUUUCAAGAGAGGUACCUCUUAAGAGUACUAAAAAGCACCCCAGUAAACACCUUUGCUCUAAUAUGAAGA